UUUUUCCGCGUAAACUCGGGUUUGUGAGGGGAGAGCUCGUGAGGCAUGGCGGUGUUCUCCACUCUUUGGGUGCUCUUAUUGUGCCAGCUUUUGACAUCAUCCUCUGCCCAGAGACCGGGCCCCAGAGGAUCUUCUGGGCCAGCAGGACCCCCAGGGGAAGCAGGAAGGGAUGGCACUGAUGGCAAACCUGGGCCAGCUGGACUACCAGGAAAAGCAGGUGUUAAAGGAAAGGGAGGACUACCAGGAACAGCAGGAAAGCCAGGCCUGCCAGGACUUCCAGGGGUGGACGGUUUGACAGGUCCUGACGGCCCUGCUGGCAAGGAUGGACCCCCAGGGGAGGCAGGUGAUCCUGGACCAGCUGGGCCACCUGGACCUCCUGGCAGAGGGAGAUCAGGAGCUGCAGGGUUACCUGGAACCAACGGGUUGCCAGGUGGAGUCGGACCCCAGGGUCCAGCGGGUGCUGAGGGUCUUGCAGGACUUCCCGGACCUCCUGGCCCUGAUGGACCACCAGGUCUUCCUGGUACUCUUCAUGAUCUCAACGGUGACCUUCUGUGUCCUGCAAUCUGCCCCCCUGGUCCCUCUGGUCCUCCUGGGAUGCCAGGAUUCAAGGGUCACACAGGACAUAAAGGAGAAAGGGGAGAGCUUGGGAAAGAUGGAGAAAAGGGUGAUGCUGGUCCACCUGGUCCACCCGGUAUUCCCGGUACAGUGGGUCUGCAGGGCCCACGUGGUCUAAGAGGUUUGCCAGGCCCAAUGGGAUCAGUGGGAGACAGAGGUCUGCCAGGAUUCAGAGGCAAGCCAGGCAUUGCUGGCAUCAUUGGAAAGACAGGUGAUGCCGGUGAAAAGGGGCCACAGGGUUUCAAAGGUCCCAAAGGAGAAAUUGGUAAAAUUGGUGCUAAAGGAGGUCCUGGUGGAGCAGGACCCAAAGGGGAGCCUGGUAUUCCUGGCAGGGAUGGCAAAGAUGGCACACCAGGAUUGGAUGGCGAGAAGGGUGAUGCUGGGCGCCAUGGAGUAGUUGGAGAAAAAGGACCAAAUGGCCUUCCUGGCCUACAAGGAAAGAGUGGUGCAAAGGGAUCCAAAGGAGAAGUCGGUGACCCAGGGAAGGCUGGAGAAACAGGACCCUCUGGAGAGCCAGGUAUUCCUGGUGACAUUGGCAUCCCAGGAGAGAGGGGAAUAGCAGGACCCAGAGGAGUAGCUGGAGCUAUUGGACCACUAGGCAACCCUGGUCCUCAGGGAGUGAAAGGCUUCCAGGGGGUAAAAGGAGCCUUGGGGGAUCCAGGUCUUCCAGGUCCAACAGGAAUCCGUGGGGAGUUUGGAGAUAGGGGUCCAGUCGGAGCUUCUGGACCUAAAGGAGACAUGGGCGUGGCAGGAAGUGACGGUUUACCUGGAGAGAACGGAGAACCUGGUCCUUUUGGACCAGUUGGACAAAAAGGAGAGUCAGGGAAACGAGGUGAAUUGGGACCUAAAGGCGUGACAGGUCCACAAGGGGAACUCGGAGCAAGAGGGGUUCCAGGAAAAGAAGGACCAAUGGGCUUCCAAGGGGAACAAGGUGUGCCUGGAAUUCCAGGAAAGACAGGUGUACCUGGUAAACUGGCAAGCGAACAGCACAUCAGAGAGCUGUGUGGCUCAAUGAUCGAUGAUCAGAUUGCACAGCUGGCUGCUAACCUCAGAAGACCCCUAGCUCCUGGAAUGGUGGGUCGCCCUGGACGUGCUGGACCUCAAGGAAAGCCAGGAGUUACUGGUUCUAUUGGACAUCCGGGUUCCCGUGGACCACCAGGGUACAGAGGCCUCCCAGGAGAGCUUGGAGAUCCUGGUCCCAGAGGUGAUGUUGGUGAACCAGGUGAUAAGGGACCUGUUGGCAAAGCCAUUGAAGGGCCUACUGGAGACCAAGGAUACCCAGGUCUUCCUGGAGUACCUGGAAUUGUCAAGGAUGGGCGUGAUGGAUCUCCCGGAGAUCCAGGUGAGCCUGGAGAGUCAGGCAGGGUAGGUAGGACUGGGCACCAGGGAACUCCUGGAAUCUGUGACACAUCAGCAUGCCAGGGAGCAUCAGUCGCUGGGAAAUCAUCCAACCCCAAAAACCAUUAAACAUCACUUCCUGCAACCUGACGCCAUCCAAACCACGGAGGAAGGAUGAAAAAGUGAAGGAAUGAAAAAGAGAUCACAAAAAUGUCCUCUUUAUUUAAAUACAUGUAUCACAAGAUGGGAAGAGUAACAUCAACAGGUGUGAUAUUUUGAGAGGAAUAGAGGAACAUCCAAGGAGUGACAUGAAUAACAGAACAACUGAGAGACAAAAAAAAAAUCAAGAUGAUAUCCAUAAAUACAGUGGACAGAGGCACGGAAGAGUGCAAGAGAACAACCGCAUUGCUCCAAAUACUAUCACGUAACAAGACUUGACUUACAAACAACUGGAAACAUGAAUGAUGAGUCCUUUUUGUAUAAAAACUUUGUACAUGUUGUUUCCCUGCCCCCAUUAUCUCUAAAAACGGUGACUGUCUCUGAAUGUGCAUGUAUCACGGCCCAUUUAAUGUAAAUCACAGGUGUUACCUCAACAUACAAGCUUUCAGUGUAAAAUAUGGAAAUAGGAACCAGAGGUAAAAAGCCUCUGUCAAAGAGCUAUGUAUGUUUUGUAAAAGGAAUAAAAAGAACAAAUACACAGGUGCCCAGAAAUCGUGUAGAUUAAUCCAAAAAACAAAAACAACCUUUUGAUAGUCUUUUUUUACAGCUUGUUUUUUGUUUUAUUUUUUAAUGACAUGUGAAGUUGAUUAUCUAAACUUGAGAAUCAAAAACAAAAUAAAACUUGUGGAUGAAGAAAUCAGACAUUGUACAAUAAAUUUAAGAAUCUUAGGUGCCGUUUUUUUUCCUUCUGUUUUUUUCAAAUCUGCAAUGACCACAUCCACUAUGUA